AUGAUUACCUCACAUGUCGCCGAAACCGAAGCACCCCGGGAAGCGCAAUAUCUGCAAACGCUCGAGGAAGGUGAAUCCGUUUCGGUGGACUACGGUCCGGUUGAGCUGCCCGACUGGUACGAUGAGGCCAGAUUCAAGAGAGCGCAGAAGUUCUUCAAGCGCAACUUCUAUGCCAUGUUUGUCGGAAAGCUGUGCGGUUUGCUGGCCAUCAUAACCGUGCCGUCGAUUCUGCGAGUGCUAAUCCAUACGAAUCAAUCUUCCGAACCACUGACGGCGUACCGUCGUUACGUCAGCACCCUGAUGCAUACACUCGAAUGGUACUACGAGGAUUUGGUGCCCUCAUCGAGAUGCUGGAAAUCGAUCGCGUUCGUAAAGAAAACGCAUGCCGGUGUGAGCAAACAAGCAGAUCGCGUACAUUCUGGAAUGAUCAUCUCCCAGCGCGACAUGGCGGUCACACAGUUUGGAUUUGUUGGGUACGUUUUUAUUAACUACCGCAUGCUCGGAAUAAAGUUCAACACGAAGGACAUGGAAGCUUUCACGCACUUUUGGCGCGUCAUCGGACACAUGAUGGGAAUCGAAGAGAGAUUCAACGCGUGUACGGACAGUUGGGAAACCACGGAGCAGCGAAUGUCGCUGAUUGCAAGCGAAAUCCUAAAACCGGCUUUGCUCAACCACUCGGCCGAGUUUGUUAAAAUGGGCAAAGCGCUGAUCACCGGGCUGUGGUGUUUUAAUCCGUUCAUCGAGUUCGACACUUUUCUGUUCUUAACCAUGCGGUUGAACAAAAUUCCCGGGUAUCACUACUGGAAGGAUGAGGCUGCCGCUAGUCUCACACCGGCUGAGAAACAGGUUCGCCCUUACGAGAGCUUUCGGCCGUAUGCACGUUUCUUGCUGUAUGUCGUGAGCUAUAUACACUCUGUUCUACUGCAUAUCGCCGUGUUCCGGUGGUACUUUAACAUGCAAAUGGUUCUCAGCAAGUUCCUGAUCAGGUACUUCCCUUUCCUGGCGUUUUACGAGUUCGGGGUGAAAAAUGCUUACGUGCGCAUUUUAAAGUGAACAAGCAAUACUCUCAACUAUGAUAUUUUGUAAUGAACGAGGCUGGGAAUACUGUUACUAAAGAUGUCAAUCGUAAGUUAGCAUUACUCGAAUAUGCUGAGGCGAAAAAUGGGAGUGAAAUGACGUGAGUAGUUACUUAUGUAUUGAAACCAGAAACAAAUUUAUCAACCAUGGUACUUUAUU